AAAAAUGUGUCAUUCCUACCUUUUAUCUCGAGAUAAGUUAAAGUCCUUUUUAAGUUUCAAGGCGUUUGUCGACCACUCCCUUACUUUUCUUCUUUGCAGGCGGAUGCUUGCGGGGAUGUGUUGUUUAGAGAGAGAGAGAGAGAGAGAGAGAGAGAGAGAGAUAGAGAGAGAGAGAGAGUUCUCCGUCUCAGCUCCUCCUUCGCCGCGCACUUCGUCUCCUAGUUUGGUGAAUUCCAGAAAUCUUUUUGUUGUCGGGAGUUUUCCCCGUUAAAAAUUCAUCUAAACGUUCCCUCCGCGUGACAGCCUACAGUUGAGAAACAUGUCGUCUGAGAGUGCAGUGUCAACAGUUGAACCCAGGUUACAUCGCCUCUCCGCCUGGUUUGACCCUGAAACUGCUGGGGUGGUGACCAUCCUGUUGGGGCUGUUCCAGAUUGUGGCAGGAGGAUCACUGACCAUUGCCAAUGAGAAGAACUCCAGCAGACUACUGCUUCGAGGUUGUGCAUGCAGUAAUGUGGUUGGCCUGCUGGCAGCACUGCUGGCCUUCUGCCUCUACUGCUACAGCCUCAGCAUGGUGAACAGCAAAGAACUGUGUGACCCCAGUGUGACCACGUUUCCUGACUAUAAUUACAGAGGUACAAGAUAUGGAUGUCCCGAGGAACACCUGAGGGCCUACUGCUGGAGUUUGAAACUGCUGCUGCUGCUCUACAAUAUGGCAGCCGUGCUGCUGCACUCCCUCCUGUCUGUCUCCGCCCUCAAGGCACUAAAAACAGACUGACACGCACACACACAUGCACGCGCGCGCACACACACACACACACGCGCGCACAACACACACACACAACAAAUCCUAAAACCAUGCACUUAAAACAAAGGUCUGCUCAUGAGAUCAGCCAUCAGAUUCUGGUUUCAACAGAGCCUACCUUGUUUGCCUGCAUGGCAUUGGCAUAUAAUAAUGUUUUACAGGAAAGUAAUGAUGUUUUUUAUAUCAAACCCUAGUAUUAGAGCUAGACAUAUACCAAUAUCAGCUUAUUGCAAAUAUAUCCGUAUCAGUGUAUAUGUGGUCUGAUCAUUAACAGUAAAUGCCAAAGUACAGUUUGAGGCCAUGUAGACACGAAGAGCACUGACAAGUUGAUCUUUAUAUUGUAAAAUGUCCCAAUCAGUGUGUGUCUGGGUCACAAUAAAAAAAAUGGAAAGAAAUCUAA